AUGCUGGUUCAAGUGGAGUGCAAGGGUGUCCUGAAAUGGGUUCGGGUACCAAUGAAGGAAGACCACUAUGAUUACUUUCAAUUCAUUCAAGAAGUUUCAGCUAAAUUCAACCUGAUAAAUGAAUCUGAUGUGGCCCUGAAAGACUCAUCAAGAGUUGAUGUAGAUGCUGACAUUUUUGAUGAGUUGGUGAGAUCUGCUGCAGUGUCUUUCAAGGUGUUCACUGGGGAGUCUGCUGAGAAAGAGGUUUCUGAGGCUUCCUUCUGCUCAGAUGAGGGGUCAUCCUUAUCCAGUGUGUCUGUGGAGUCAUUCUCAUCACUUGACUCUGCAGCGAAAGAUAUGGUCUAUGUAGCUCUACAUCAAAAACCUGGAGGUGAAGACGUAUUGAAAGAGUACAACAUGACCAAAGGCCUUUCUGAUCAAACGAGAAGGAAACUCGUUAACAUCCUGGUGGCUGAUAUGAUUGAGAGUCAUGGGAGAGUCCCACCGCUCAAUGUCCGUGUGUCCUAUGCCCUUGGAAUAGUCACCCUUUUUCCCAAUUUGAAGGAUAAGGCGUCACCAACUGGUUAUGAACAUUACUAUGAUCCUCGCAGUGGCCAAGGUUUGAUUAACCAAGACUUCACGUUGUUGUUGGGAGAGGACACUUCAGGAAAGUUUAUUUCAAAAUGGCCAACAUUCUACAAACCGAGGAUCAUCAGUGUCUGCAAAUGCCUUCGCCCUGGUCCCCAUGUGGAUGACCUUCUGUCUGCUCAAGAGGGAUCUAAUGAUUAUGGAUGGGACAGUGACUUGGCCGCUAUCCUACUCCUGGUUCAUCUCCUGCCUCCAACCAAGAAGGGGAAAAAAUUUGGGAGAAUCAGUGCAACUGACGCCACUGACCAUGUGGUCAAGUUCAUGAAGGUCGGGACGAGCAUGGUGACACUGGUGCACCUGUCUCAAUACUCUCCCCACUCGGCGUUCACGAGCACGUACUCCAAUGGACGUCAAAUAUCCAGUCAUAAACUUUCGUCCAUAUGA